AGUGGUGGAGUGGCGCAGAAAUGGAUGCUAUCAGAGCUACUUUGUAGCCAUUGAGGAUCGCCAAGGCACGGAUUGAUGUUUUGGCAUUUGGACACUCGAGAUUCUGGUCAAAGUCGCUCUGGAGUCGGUGAUUGCCAAUCAACCGUCAAGAUUUUCUUUGGAGAGCGACCAGAAUCCCGUGAUGACAGUCGUAUGUAAGAGUGUAUGUGAUGCAUGGCAAUGGUCGUAAGUGGCAAGUUACAAUUCAGUUCUUACUUUUUGUUACAAGUGACCACACGCGUAUCGGAAACCGUCCACCACCCAAUCACCAAAGCAUCUCUACCUAUAUACCUACAGAAGCCAACCAGAGCUUCCUUUCUCUCGUGCUUGCUUGCUUGAUUACUUGCCUGCUUCCUUCCUUCCUUCCUUAUUUCCUCUGCUUACUCAAUCGGAGAUACCCAAGUCAUGGUGAAACACUCACAAGUCGUCAGUCAGUGAUCAAUCGGGAAACCAAGAAUGAGUCUAUCAACUUCAGGAGAAAAGGCCAAGGCUAAGGAGCUGGAGGCAAAUCAGGAUGGAACAGCCCAAGAGGAAUUUGUCCCGAUCCCCCCUUUGUGUGGAUCAGUUCGCUUAUGGAUCGCCAUUUUUUGCCUCACAGCCAAUUUCCUCGUUUUUUAUGUACGCUUCAGUUUUUCCAUCUCCAUGGUUUGCAUGACCGGGAGCGCCAACGAUCAUUUGCCGAUCGGAAACUUCAGUCUAAAAGCGCCAUCUAUUGUUCAGAGUGAAUUCGAUUGGGAUCGAUCCAUUCAAGCCAACAUGAUGGGCACACUCUUCUACGGAUUCAUUCUAACCCAAGUUUUGGGCGGAUGGAUCAGCGACAAAUUUGGCGGGAAGCAAUUGCUUGUGACAAGCAUGAGUUUGUUGGCGCUCACCAGCUUUUCUAUUCCGUUAUUUGCAAGACUUCAUGGCUACACAAUCCUAGCCAUCCGGCUCGUUCAAGGCAUGAUCAGUGGUUUGAUCAUCCCCACGGUCAUUAGUAUUAUUCCAUCCUGGUGCGCUCCCGAAGAACGCGGGACUCUCAUGUCUUUUGUGAUCGUGGGCCUCCCAUUGUCCAACUUUCUUAGCGCCCCAAUUUCAGGCCUUCUUUGUGCCACUGGCUUUGACAAUGGGUGGCCUUUGACCUUCUACUUCCCCGGUAUCUUGACUCUAAUUUGGACCAUCGCCUUCCAUUUUUUGGCCUCAAAUACCCCUGAGCAGCAUCCCAAGAUCUCCUCCGAUGAAUUGAAAUACCUAGCCAAAUAUUCUUGUCGCAAUCAAUCGUGCAAACAGCCCGAACUUCCUCCCAUUCCCUACAAGGCAAUGCUGACCUCCAUUCCAUUCUGGGCCCUGAUUAUCACUCAAUUCUGCUCCAAAAUCGGCCUUUACUCCAUGGCAUUGACUUUGCCUCUGUUCAUCAACGAGGUUUUCCAUUUUGGGAUCAUCGAGAAUGGAUUGUUGUCUGGCUUACCUUGGAUUGGCAUGAUUGCCCUCUCAUUUACCGGUCAACUAUCAGAUUAUCUGAUUCGAAAUAGAAUAUUCAGCGUGACCCAAGUUCGAAAGGGAUUUACAGUCAUCCCCAUGCUCACUUGGGCCGUUUUGGUUGCGGCCAUGGGUCAUAUUCCCAGUGAGAUUGGUCAAAUGGUCUUUAUCACCAUUGCGGUCAGCAUCCACCAAUUGGAGAUGUCAGGGGGGUUCUUCAUUUCUCACUCGGAUUUGGUGGGCCCCUAUGCGGGUUCCGCCUUCGGAAUCACCAACACUAUUGCUCAGCUUCCCGGGUUCAUCAUUCCUAUUUUGGUUGCUUAUUUUGCCCCUCAUGGCACACUGAGCGAAUGGCGGACCAUAUUUUACAUCGCAUCUGGCGCCAAAACCGUCGGAGCGGUCAUUUAUUUAUUCUUUGGCUCCCUUGAACUCCAAUCUUGGGCCAAAGUUACAGACGUCGAGGCUCCCAUCGAAACGAAAGAAGAACCUGGUCCAGUGAAAGACACGAAGGUGGAUGCGUGAUCGGUUCACAAUGAGUGGCAUACAACAAGGAAUGGCCAUCAAAGCUUUAUAUUAAUAGUCACAAAUGCUCACAAGGAAUGACAAUAAAAUGAUGUUAAUCGGAAAAA